AUGAUUAUUUUUCUACAUUUAAUAAUCAUAUAGGCUUGCUAAUAAUACCAUAAUGAUUAUUAUAUCUACCCAAUUCAAGGUGAAACUAUAGAAAUGCCUUUGGAUGUAUUUUUUAAUACACAAGAUUUAAAAUAUGAUUGCCCUAAUUGUCCUGAAAAUGUGACGGUGUCCAAUGUCUUAAGUUUAAUAGGAGAGAAUUCAAACAGUAGAUAUUAAUAGUAAAUUAGAUUAUACAUUUAUUUCUGUUUCAUUUUUGAAUGAUUAGUUUGCAGCUUUAACUUAAAAUCACACAUUAAAUAUUUAUACGAAAAAUAUAAAUAGAAUAGAAUUGCAGAGAAUAAUAAGUAUAAAUUAGAACUUAAAUUGCUUUAAUGUCAUUUACACAUUAGAAAAUAAGAUACUUUUAGAUUGUUAUUUAGGAUAAUAAUUGUAUCUUUAUUAUCUUGAAGCUAAUACUUUGAUUUAAGUAUACACAUCUCACAGUUUGAUACCUCAAAGAACAAAAAUAAGUUCAUUUGCAAAUUAGACAAAAGUAUACACUGUAUAUGGAUAAUUUAUUGAAGAUUAAGGAUUUUUAACUAUUUUUGCUGAAAGAAUAAAUAAUACAUUUUACAAUAUUAGUAAAAUAAAUGGUGAUAUUAAAGACUUUCUUAUUUCAUUUAGAGGAUUCACUAAUAAUUAAUUAUUUGUUUAAUUUGGCAAUAAAAUUUAAGUUUAUAUAUUGUCCUCUGAAGAGUAAUUAAAAAAAGUAUAUUUUGCACCCAUUUAGUAUUCUAUUUUAAGCAUGACUUACUUUUAUUCUAUUGAUACUUAUUAUUAAUUCGAUAGAUUUAUAAUGAUAACAAGAUAAGAUGAAGAAAUAAGUUUUUAAGAAAUAUUAUAUGGUAGUUUUUUUUCCUAAAAAUUUACUUCCGAAAAUAUUCCAAUCAAUAUUAGUUAAGGUAUUUAGCUAUUUGCAAAUAGCUAAUUUAUUAUUUUAUAUAAUAAUAAUGAACUAACUAUCUUUAAGAAUUUAAGAGAAAACAUUAAUAUCUUAGCUAAAAAUAGAAUAUUUUCAAACGAGUAAUAACCUAUUAUCUAUUUCAAUUCAAUUCAUUAGGAACUAUAUAUAUUUGGAAAAAGUAUUUAGAUAUAUUAAAUUUCAUUCCCAACAUUAAGCUUCUCAUCAAAUCUAACUUAAGGCAGUUUUAUAAUUAAAGCACAUAAAAUAAUCAAUUCUAUCGUCUUAUCUCAAUGUAUUAUUUCAAUCCAUUUUAAUUAAAUUAGCUAUUAAGAUAGAAAUAUUUAUCCAAUAUAUAAUAAUAAACAAUCAACUUAUUACAAUAUUUUAUAAUCUCAAUUUCAUUACCCAAUUUUAGAUGUUUCAGGACCUCUUAUAAGACCAAUAAGUCAUCUUAGUAAUUCAUCAUUAGGCAAUUUUUACGAUGAUACUUUAUAAUAAACAAGUUUAGAACUCUAGUAAAAUUAUCAAAUGAUCAAAAUCUUUGGUAUUGAACUUAUUUAGGGAUGUAAGUCAAAUCCAGUUGGCUGUUUUUUUAUAGUAGCAAUAUAAAAUUAAACUAUUGAUAUUUAUGAAUAAGAGAUAAAAUUGAUAUCUUUAUCUAUUAAUUUAGAUGGCUAUUCAUUUAAUAAUAGUUAAGUAGAGAUAAACUAUUUUACUAAUGAUGGAUUGUUUUUUUAUUAAAUUGGAUUAAGCAUAAAUUCAACAUGUAUUUAAAUUUAUAGUUUUUUGAAUAAAGUAAUAAAAAUGUUAAUAUCAUAAAAUAUUACCCUUCAGAUCGAGCCAUACAAAUAAUUUUUACUUCUUGAUAAUGCAGUUGUAUUAAUAUUAGAUUCAAAUUAAUUGACAAUUUGCACAUUCGACAACAAAUAAAUAAUUUUACUCAACUCAACCCUUUUAACUAAGUUAUUUGGAAGAAUAAUAUCGUUAAAUCCAAUUAACAUAUUUAUGAACCAAUAAUAUCAAUCCAAAAUAUUAUACAUCAACAAUAAUAAUAGCUUUUUAAUAGGAUCCAUAACAGAUGAAUAUACUUUUGUAUUAUUCUCUAUAAAAGAAGUAAAUGUGUAAAUUAUAAAUCUUUAAGUAAUCAAAAAUUUUUUAAUAUUAUCAUAUAAUUGUGAAGAUCAAUAUACUUUAUGCUUUUAAGUUUGGAAUGUAAAGGAUUAUUAUUAUCCAAAGUUUCUUAAAAAUUUAACAUCUAUAUAAAUUAGAAAUUAAUGUUAAUUUUAUUCAGAUAAUCUAUUUUUUUAUGUCUAAACUGAAAAUAUAAUCAAUGUCUAUAAUCCUGAAUAAUCUGAGCACUCUAGCUUAUAUAAAUAAAUUACUUUUAAUGGUUAAUAUUUUAGCAGUUUAGCUUAUGAAAAUAUUGCAUUUCUUAGUUUCAAUUAAUCUUUAUUUUCAUUAACAAAAAUACUGAUAUAAUCCUUUUUAGAUUAAAACAUUUAGAGUGAAUAUUUUUCUGAACUUAUCUUUAAUUUCGCAAUUUCUUCAGAACUUAAUCCCUCAUAUAAACUUAACUAAACUAAUAAUUCUUUAAUAAUUAUCAAUAAUUAUAUAGAUAUUAAUUUAGAAGAUAAAAGCUUAAGUGUUGAUCAUAAUUAAUCCUCUUUAUAAAUUUAUAGAGAUGAUAUUUCAACAUAAGGAUAAAUUGAAUAUUUCUAAGUUGAAAACAACAAUAAUAUAUUUGUAAAUAAUUUUAUUAAUAAUUGCAAUUUAACAGUAUAUUUAGAACAAUAUAAUUUAAGUACUACAUUAAAAAAUCAAUUUGUACUUUUGAAUAAUUAGAUAUUAUUCAUUUAUAAUUCAAAUCUAUCUUACACUUUUGGUCCAUAUAAUAUUUGUAUAGCUACUACUACAUAUUUAGAUAUCAUUUAUGUUUUAUGUCAAAAGGAAGACUUCUAUUAAGUAAUAAGUCUAAAUAUUUUAAAUGAUACUAAUUUAGUAUAGACUUAAGUAAUAAAUUCUAUCAAACUUAAUUAUUCAAAUAAUAUUUGGAUGAAAAUUUAAGAUGACUUGCUUCAUAUUUGGAAUAGAAAUAAAACUAAAAUGUAUCAUCUUAAUUAAAAUUAUUAUUAGAAUGAAACCGAAAUUUGUGAAUGUACUUAAAAUAGUUUCUAAGCAAUUACAUUAUUAAAAUAGAAAGAUUAACAAGUAAUUGUCUAUUUUUAUUUCAAAGUGUAUACUCAAUAUUAAUUGUCUUACAAAAUAAUAAAAAUAAUUAAAAAUUAGAAAAUUCUUUUAGGGGAAGAAAAUAACAUUAAUUUAAAUUUAUAGCCUUUUUAAAUAGUUGAAUUUGAUACAAUAAUUGUAUUAGAUUUAAAAUAAAAAGAAAUAUUUCUUAUGAUUUCUAAUUAAGGCUUUAAUUGUAUCAUCUCAAUUUUGUGGAUACUUGAUGGUCUCGACAUUCUCUAAAGCAAUAUGGUAUUUUAAGAUAUUAUCUAAACUUCCCCUCCUUAACCUACAAAAUAGUUUAAUUUAACUACACAACCUUAAAACAGCUCAGGUUUAUUGCUUUUCUUAUAUUCAAACACUAUUAAUUCAACAAACCAAAGCUAUUUGAUAACUUUGUACAAUAUGUCUGUGCUAGAAAAUGAUAAAAAGUAUACUCCUCUUCUUUAUGAAGGUGGGUAUAAUUUUACUUUAAAUUCUGUUAAUAUCUCAUCAAUUUCCUUCUAUGCUUAUAAUAAAUAUUAAGGAGAAAUUUUAAUUCUAUUUGAUAAUUACACUGCGAUGCAUUUGGAUGUUAAUAUAUUUUCUAUACAAGUUAAUUUACCUCAAGAUUUAAAAAAAUAGAAUCUGACUUUUUUAUUAAAGGCUUUUAAUUAUUAUAAUCAAUCAGCAGAGGCUACCAUUAUAAUUUACUAAAAAUAAGAAAAUAUUUCGAAAGGAUCCUUUUAUACUUUAGCUUCUUUAAUACUGAUAGUCAUUCUUACUGCAAUUCUGGUAUAUUAUGAUAAGACUAGAAACUAUAAAGAGGAUUAGGAUCUUGAUUAUUUAGAGUUGGAACUUUGA